AUGAGCUGGAAACAAGUAUUGGAAGGUCUUAAAAUUGUUAUACUACUCUGAAAGUUAGGUGCUGGCUGGGUGUCUGGGGGGGGGGGACGUCUUUUGAACUAAUUGUAUAUAUUUAGUCUGAACUCAUUGUCAUUUCCUGUCUAAACCGCUUAUCAGUAUUCUUUUCUUAUCGCUACGUCACACACAAUUCUUCUCUAUUCGCCACAACGCAUCCCAGCCCGACCAGCCAGAAAAUGCGCGUUUUUCAGACUGAUCUAGAAGAGUUUAGCAUGCGUCAUUUCCAGAUGUACCCGAAACGUGUACCCCCGGCGACCAUACCACGUUCUUCUUCGCCUAUUCCAAUGAUUUCACCGCUCAACUCGUCAGCGACGCGGCCAGUGUCAUCAGCACUUUUUUCACUUUUGCGGACUCCUACUAUCCGCAAUACAAAAAGUUUACAAGACUCGCCAACUUGAGAUUCGAUACACGGCAACCGGAUGAUAUCGAUUUUCAUGAUAAUGUCGCGUAAGUUUAUAGUCCAUAUAUAUUGGCCCACUGGUUCUUUUUUUCAGACCGUUCAUAGCCUCGAUCAACUCGCAUUUGCCUUCUCCGGUGCUUGGCUUUCUGAACUCGAGUCGUACUGGGAGUGACGUCAUCGCUGGAAUUCAAAAGUUUUUGACCGGAUCUCCAUUGUGUGGCUCCACUGUGCUACUGCUGGUUAAGAGAGAUUCAGACCUUCAAGAUGUGUCGAACGUUGUUGACAAGUUGAGAGCUCAUAAAGUCUUCGUGAACGUGAUAGAGUCUGGCCAGACGUCAGGCGGCGCUUCUUCAGAUCCUCUAUACAAAAUUUCCACCGGCUCCAAUGGAUUUUUCGUCUUCAACAGCGACAAAAACAUCGGCGAGGUCAGCAUUUUGCAAAAUCUCUGAAAGGUGUGUGUGUUUAUUUAGAGUGUCAACCAACUGAUGUCCUAUUUUCUCGGCUACAACCUUCUCUACGCUGCUGACGUCAAAGUAAUCGGGAACGGAAGUGUCUCUCUGCCCCAAGUCUACAUUCCGCUCUAUAAAAGUUCGGUGACGGUCAACGCAGGAGUUUCUGUACAAAAUCAUCGUAAAUCAACUUUCUUUUUUGGUCCAUGAAACACUAUUUUCCAGCUCUAACCGACUCUUUUCACAAUUUCACCCUGACCCUCCGCUCGCGUUAUAAUGACCGUCAAAUGUUUUACAACGGAAACGUGGAUAGUGUUUGUACCUUUUUACUUUUUUCGGGACGGUCUACUCGCUAAUCUUUAGGGAACCGCCGACUUCAGCAGUUUCGGAAUGUACUCGGCUGACACGUGGAAUGUGACACUGGACUACGAUUACGCGAAGAACACGACCGGAGUGGCGCAGAUCCGAUUGUAUACUGACGAGUGAGUCUCUGUGGAUUCUUAAACGAGAGGCCAUUUUCCAGAAGAGUCGACAACUAUCCUCCGUACUCGAAUUGA